AUGAACAACUUUACUCCAUUUUUAGCUUCAUAUAAUGAGCUUGUCGAGCAGUGGCAAGAGCGACGUCGUAUCCUAAAGAGUAUGGAAGAGAACGCAGUGGAGAUUCCAGAACUUAUGCGGAUGCUUUGGGUCUUCAAACAGUCUUGCGUUGAGUUUCAAAAUUUUCAGGCCAAGCUGGAUUACUUUAGCGCAGAAUCUUCAUCUGGUGAUCUAUUCAAUCACUGGCAAGAAUUGAGCUCUGAUUUCGAUAAGAUUCGAGCUUGUUUUGCUGCACUUGAACUCAGCAUUGACAACUACCACCAAUCCCGCGAAAUGGCUGAACUAUCUCCUCUUUCUCCAGUAGAUAUAUCUCACCAAUCUGUCGUUUCCACCCAUAUUCAAGAUAAAAAAUCGAAUGCGACCAAGAUGGAAGGCUCAAGAAUUCUUAAGGAGAGGCCAAAAAAGCUCAUACUCGCCUUUCCGAUUCGCAUAUUUCCUUAUUCGUUUUUCGACAAGAAGAAAAGAGCGCGGAUUGUAAGAAAAGAGCCGGGGGAGUUGACCUUAAUUCUUCGAGUGAGCAAAGAAUAUCUCAAUUUGAAUGCGCGACCUCCACUAGAUAUGGAAGAAGAAAUGCGACUUUCUGUUUUGCGGUGUCAGAAAGCCGACGAAGAAGAGGCAAGGAAGAAAGCAGAGGCAGUUAUGGAGGUAGCGCGGAUAGCAGCGAUUCAACAAGCAGCAUUUGAAGCAAAAGUUCAAGCCGAACUUGAAGCAGAGUCCCAGGCAAAAGCUGCAGCAGAAUCUCAGGCAAAAGCUGAAGAGGAAGCUCAAAAUCAGCAGGCCAUCAGCCAAUUUCCAAUCAAUUCUGAUGAUUCCGCUAGUCUAGAGAGCUGCAAGCGGGUUGUCAAUGAUGGCAAUAUGCCUGCAUCAAUGUCAAUAUUUCAAGCCCCUGGCAUGGAGGAAAUUCGACAAGCUCUAAUUACUACUACAAACCAGAUGUACCUCAGUAAUAAGCAAACAGUCAAAGCUUCCGCGGUCAAACGAAGAGUUAGGAAGCAGCUUCAGCUUGAUAAGAAUUUCUUCGAGGAGAAUGGUUGGCCAAAAAGAUGUGACAUAAUCAUCUUGGAGGCAUUCAAGGAGGCCUGGCAUUCCGAACUUGUGGGCUAUUAG